AUGGUGUAUGUGGCGAAGGAAGCCAAGGUCAAUAACACGUCACGUUCAGCAUGGAAGCGAAACACGACCGUCGAACGCAUCGAUAUCGACGUUGUUGUUUCAAUCAGACCGCCGGGUGGAGUUGGUGGAGAGGCGCCUCGUAGAGGCGUUGCUGCGGUUUGGGAGGCGGUCAGGUUACCGCCGCCGCCAACCGACGAAAGAAGCCAGAGAGGCAAGAAGAGGAAGAGGAAGACUGAACAGCCGGAGGCCGGUGUGGUGCUCAAGGUUCACGUGUCUAACUUCAUGUGCCACAGGAAGCUCUCCGUUCCACUUUGCAAGCACGUAAACUUCAUCAACGGACGUAACGGUUCGGGAAAGUCGGCCAUCCUCGCAGCGCUGCAGAUCUGCCUCGGAGCAAAGGCGCACCUCACCCACAGGGCCAAGAAGAUGGCGGACUUCAUCAGGCACGGUUGGAAGGGAGAUGCCGUCCUGGAGGUGACCCUCCUCAACACCGAGCACGGCUUCAUGUUCGAGGAGUACGGGGAGUCCAUCACCAUCAGGAGGACCAUCAAACAGCCCAGCGGAGGAGGCUUCGCACUCCUGGGGCACGACAGAAAGGUGAAGUCGACAAACAAGGCGGAGCUCCUCAGGAUGCUGGAGUUUCUCAACAUCCAGGUGGACAACCCCGUGGCGGUCCUGGACCAGGAAAACUCUAAGAAGUUUAUCUUGGGAACCGAGAAGGACAAGUACGAGUUCUUCCUAAAGGCCACAGACCUCGGUCGCAUCUCGGACUAUAUUGAGGAAGCGGGCGAGUAUAUCACCAAGAUGAAGAACGGCUCCGACGCUGCCAGCCAUCAGUACCGCAGGAGCAAGGAUCGCAUUAGUGCCCUCAAACACGAGUACAAGGCCUUCCAAGAGCUGGAAAAGCUCGAGAGGACCAUGUGGGCCAUUCAGGAGCACAUCGAGUGGGCGGUCGUAUCUGCUGCGGAGGAGAAAGUGAAGAAACUUCGCCUCGACACCACGGCCAAGACCCUCCUGCGGGAUAAGCUUAACGAGAAAAUCGCGGAGUUCAACAAAGAAAUCGCCGACACCGAAGCUCGCAAGCUGGAGGUCAAUGCCCGGUUAAACGCAGGAGUGGCCGAAACCGCUAGGCUUAAGCAAGUGCUCAUCAAGGCGAAGGAGGAAUUUCGAAAGGCGGAGUCGCCUCUGCGGGACCUACGGACGCAACGGACCUCCCUCGAGACGGAGCGAAAGGACAAGAUGAAGGCGAAAGAUGCACUGUCGAGGGAUCUCAACCUUGCAAGGGAAGCGGCUGUGAGGGCUGCAACGGACGGAGAAGAGAGGCUCUUGCAUGAGAAGAUACAGGAGGCGGAUCAUUCGCUGGCCGGCGUGGGCCAUCAGCAAGCAAGCAGGGGCGGGGAGGAGUAUUUGUUCGAGCUGCGUAGGGCGGCGAAUCAGGCGGAAGAGAUGGCCCACAAGGCUAAGGAAGAGCUUCAGGCUUGCGACAAGGAUGUCAGGUCACGCCAAGCGGAGGCGAACCGGCUGCAGACGGAGACGUUCAACCCGCUGUCGGCUCUCGGGAGUCACAUGCCGGCCUUGGUCCGCAGAAUCAGCCAGAACGCCGACAAGUUCCAUAGCCCUCCCGUCGGGCCAAUCGGAGCGUCGAUCCAGCUGAAGGAGGAGUACAAGGGGUUCCGUGUGUGCAUCGAGGGCCACCUCUCCAGGCACCUCAACAACUUUGUCGUGUCGUGUCACCAGGAUAGGGCUACGCUCAUGAGGAUAAUACGGGCCUUCAGAGGCAACCAGAGAUGGUUUGUCCCCACCAUCAUCGUGCAAACGCUGCAGCCGCGGUACAGACCGCAGUCCAACCCUCCAGGUUUCCUACAGAUAAUGCAGGCCAUCAACGUCGACAACGACCAGGCGUUCAACUCCCUGGUGGACCAGUGCUCCAUCGAGAAGAACUGCCUGUUCGCAUCUAAGGAAGAGGCGGAGAAGGCAUGCCUGAGGGGACGGUCCGGCACCUACGAGCGAUUGCCGUACGGCAUGUACGAGGCGUACUACCCCAGCCUUGGUGGCAAGAGCUGCUCUAAGUUCACCGUGUCCGGCCGCAACUUGGAGACCCGCAUGAACGUCGUCAACUCCAACAGACACAGGCGUGUCUUGGGCGUGGACGAGGGGACACAGAAGGAGGAGGCCCAGGCACAAGUGCGGCAGGCACAGAGCGCCCGGGAGAGGGCAAAGUCGGGGGCUGACGCAGCAGCGAGGAGCCUUAACGAAGCCAGACACGCCCUUCGCGAGGAAGAGGGGGACAGGAAACGGCUGCAGAGCGAGGUUAAGAAACAGGAGGUCGAGAAGACCAGGCUCUCAAAUCAGCUGAUGGCGCUUCAGGCCAAGAACAACGACUCGAGUGACCCCACAGAGCAGCUGGAGAGAGAUCUCCAAGUAGCCACGGAGGGGGUGGAGAGUGUGGAGGCGGAGCUGGCUACGAAUCAGAGACUUUCUGAAGAAGCAGCAUCUAAGAUCGAACCCUUCGAGAGGGCCAAAGCCAUCGCCACGAAGGCGCACAAGGACUCCGGCACCAAAUCUGCGAAGCUUCAGGAUGAGCUGGAAAAGAUAGUGGACGCUGGAAAAAAGCCUGGCCACAAGCUUAGCAAAGCGGCACCCCAAGUGGAGAAGGUAGAGAAAGAGCUUGAGCAUCUAGCUCAGACGAAGGAAGAGGCUGAGAAGAGCGUCGAAACCGCCAUGGACAGCGCCAAGAGCUUCAUGGCCAAGAGCCGCCGGCAGCCCCCGUGGGACGGACGAAGGGCAGACGACCCGGGGAAACGGACCGUUGAAGCUCUUCGCGCGAAGCUCAAGCAGGCCGAGGAGCGGUACUUCAACGAUCCCAUCAAGAUCAACAUGGGCAACAGGACCAAGGCAAUGGUUGUAGAGGAGCUCAUUCAGGAGGAGUCGACGAGAGGAGACAUGGGCUGGGCGAUCAAUAAGCUGGACUCCAACAUGAAGAUGCUGUCCGACGAGCGGCUGAAGCGCCGUGAAAAGUGGAAAACGUUCCGCGAUGUUAUACCCACGUGGACCGCCCGGAUGUUUGGCGACAUCCUCGCCGAGAAGGAGGCUCACGGGGAAGUCAAAUUCAACCACAAGAAAAAAACGCUGGGGCUUUCUUACCAGAGCCAAGCCCACAACGACACCAGCAAGUGCAGGGACGUACGGCAACUCUCCGGGGGGGAGAAAUCCUACGCGACGCUUGCGCUUCUGCUCUCGCUGGGAGCGCACCACGACUGUCCGUUCAGGGUAAUGGACGAGUUCGACGUCUUCAUGGACGCUGUGAGCCGGGAUCACGCCAUACUUGAGGUCCUGAAAUUCGCCAAGAGAAAUAAGGACAAGCAAUUCAUCUUCAUCACUCCGCAGGAUCUGUCGUCGGUGACCUCGAGCGACACGUGCAAGAUCAUCAAGAUGCAGCCCCCUCGAAAGGGGGACCACAACCAGACCACUCUGACGGAAUCUUUCGGCUCGAGCUCCUCAUAGUGACGUCCGGUUCGGUUCUAGUCGUAUGAUCGUGGCAUCUGGAGGUCUCCUGACAAUGUUGUCGUUUGGUCCAAAGCGAGGUGGCGCAUGGGGGGGACGACAACCCCUAGGCACCGUAUUUGGAAUGGGUUGUUUAGUGCGGUUUCCCAAUGUUUUUUUCAUGGCGGAAGCUGACGAGAGUUUUCACCAGCUUGCACGACGUGCCUGGUGAUUUUUGUACGGAGAUUGUCUUUUCGACUGACAGAGCGAGCGCCGGGCGAUAGUCAAUUCCGGUUCCGAAUGAAGUGUUUGCUCAACAUCACACAGCUAACAUCCUGGUAGAGUUCAAGCUAGGCUUCGCUAGCGUACAAUGGAGCUCGGGAGCGACACAUGGGCACCCACGGGUGGGCUAAGGUACGACAAACGGCUCAUCCGCAUGCAUAUUGCGGGUGGUGGGUGAGCUAUCCACGACAGAUCGAGAAGAUCGCACCAUGUGAAGCAAGCACGGUUAGCACACUCACUUACAUGCCUCUAUGUAGUAGGUCUGGCCGGGUCUGAGGUUCGCAGUUCCUCGGGAUAGGGUACAAAUGGCCGUUGUAUAGGUUUUAUGUGUAGUCUAAGGGGUUAUUUCGCGGGCUCACAAAACGGAGCUCAGUUCUUGUGUUUUGAUACGUGUGAUCGCGAUGUUGAGCAUGAAGUUCUAAACUGCCAAGUUCGUUAGAGCGGGCGCUCACUGUAAAGCAAGGCCUUGCGGAGAGACUCAUAAGAUAUUCGUUCGUUCGCAGUUUCGUGUGGGCGAUGUCAAAUUACGGAUGGGUGGAUCAGGCGGUGUUAUGUUCCAUUGAUCGGCGACGUUAGCUGUUGUGGUAUCCGUAAUGGGUAAAAAAAUGCCCACAGGCGGCUACGUGUCUCGGUAACUCCUGGCUUUGUUUAGUGUAGAAUAACGGCGUUAAUUUAGAAGGGUCACAGCGGCGUACGAAUGGCGUCCAUGUACAGAGGUACAGAGCGAUGUAGGAAGAAGGAAUUGCUCCCGGUGUUCACUCUCCGGGUUCUGCAUACCCGUGCCGGUAUCGAUGCCAUCUAGGAAACUCGGAAGGGGUUGUAUGCAUAGACGUCUGUUGCCCGAGCGGAUGCAGCCCGAGAGGGGCGGGAGUACGCGGUAGGAGUUCCGGAAGACUGUUCGAAACUAGGCGACAAAGCCAACAUCGAAACAAGUGGACAGGACGAGGGCACCGUACCAGCGAACACCAGCAUAUUAAUUGAAGCACAACGUGCUAUUUUUAUAGGACGCCUUAGUUGCUCCUCUCGCAGUCUCUCGUCACAUACCGCGAAAAUCUGUACUUGGUAAUGUUAGCCAAAGGAAUGACGAUGUUUUUUUUCCUGAGUUUUUCGGUGUUGGUAUACUAGACUUGAUUUCAAGGGGUUCACGCGACUGCAUUGUGUCACAAGGAAUGACGGUAGUAUUU